UGGGCAUAUUCGGAAAUCCCGAACCUCCCUCCUCCCUGGAAGGUUCUUUGGCAAAGAAACGAGAAGAUGCUAUAAAAAACCCCGGGUUAACUCCUCCCUUCGGCAUCGAACCGCGCCUUCGAGAAAAAAAAGAAGGAUCAAAUUCCUCUCUGAUAACGAAAGAUCGAACGAAUCCAUUUCUUCUUCCUCCGCUAGUUCCUUCCUUCUCCGCGAUCAGCAGUCGUAACCAAAGCAGAAAGAUCUCCGCCAUGGACGCAUUCUUCGGCUCUCAAUCCACUUCGAGGAGUCGCUGGAGCUACGACUCGCUCAAGAACUUCCACCAGAUCUCUCCCGUCGUCCAGGCUCAUCUCAAGCAGGUCUAUCUGACACUGUGCUGUGCACUGAUUGCAUGCGGGAUAGGGUCCUACUUGCAUAUCCUAUGGAACAUCGGAGGUCUUUUGACGACUUUCGCUUGCUUGGGAUCUAUGGCCUGGCUGAUGUCUACGCCUUCAUAUCAAGAGCAAAAGAGGGUGUCCCUUUUGAUGACAGCUAGUGUACUUCAGGGGGCUUCUAUUGGUCCUCUGAUUGAGCUAGCUAUUGAUAUUGAUUCAAGUCUCAUCAUCACAGCCUUUGUGGGGACAGCCAUCUCGUUUGGUUGCUUCUCCGCAGCUGCCAUGGUGGCAAAGCGUAGAGAGUAUCUCUACCUUGCUGGGUUGCUCUCCUCUGGCCUUUCUAUUCUUUUCUGGCUGCAGUUUGCAUCCUCCAUCUUUGGAGGCUCUGCAUCCGUCUUCAAGUUUGAGCUGUACUUUGGGCUACUGUUGUUUGUCGGCUAUGUCGUAGUUGACACACAGAACAUCAUUGAGAGAGCUCAUGUUGGUGAUCUGGAUUACGUGAAACACGCUCUUGAGCUGUUUACCGACUUCGUCAGUAUCUUUGUCCGGAUUCUCAUAAUCAUGCUGAAGAACUCGAUGGAGAAGGAGAACGAAAAGAAGAAGAAGAAGAGAAGAGAGUAGAGUAUGGAGUAACCGCCUUGGUGAUGGGAGCAUGUGCGCGAAAAUGCCGUUGUGGAGCUUUUUCUCGUUUGAUCUUGUGGGUCUGACAUCACCUGUCUAGAAACAUAUAACCUUCGUUGCCAUCUCCUCUUUCCCAGUUCGCACACGUUUUGCUUUCAGCACACGGUAUUAUAAAUAACAUAAGUGAUACACCAUUAAUCAAGGAUCUGUAACCUUCCUGGAGUUUUUGCUUAUGCCUUAUAGAGUUGCGCCUGGUUAUAUGGUUUGUUGACCUCUUUGGUUUCUGUCCAGUGACUAAACCGGGUUAUUAUUUGAAGUAAGAAAAUAAAAAAAAUAUUGAUCAUGGUACAGGGAUACAGAAGAGUUGGUGUUUCGUAAUUUCUAGUGCAAGGGAAUUCUGAAGUCGUUACUCUUGACACAGAACUUGGCUCUUAGAAAUUACAAUGUUACAAGCUUUUAGUUAAAAACUCAGAAAUUCAGUCGCAUUCAGCUUAACAGAACUGAGCUGCGAUCUGACACAGGCUUCAAAAUGCGCAAUGCCAAAAGUUGCUAGCAGUCUUUAGAUCUUCAACCAGUCAUGGUCUGGCAAAUUGCCAAUGGUCAGGAAGUGCCAUCCUCAGGAAGACUCGGCCACUUCAUCCAACCUGUGUGACAAGUCUGGUGCUUACCCUCAUGGAGUUGCCUACUCUCCUUCCAGGGAUCAUUCUUGUUACUGGAGACAGGGUUGUCGUUGUUGUCAUACCUGGGAGAGCGAGAGCGUGAGCUUGAGAGAGACCUCUCCCUUAUGCUGAUCUCUCUUUCAUUCCUGCUGCUUCUGCUCACAUCCGAGUUCCGGCAAUUUUCGUGAUGUGGGCUCCUGUCUUUGCUUCUUCUCCUGCCCUCCUCCACACGUGAUCGCCUCCCCCUGCUCCUGCUUCUGCCUCUCCUUCCCACACGUGAUCGCUUCUCCCUGCUUCGGCUUCUGCUCCGCCUUCCCACACAUGAUCUUCUCUCCCUGCUUCUGCUUCGGCGUGAGCUUCGUCCCCUGCUUCUGCUCCUUCUCCUUUCCUGGUGUGAGUGUCUUCCUCUUCUUGUUCUAUCCAUUGACCUAUCCCUGCCUAGCCUUGUUCUCCUGACAUGGUCAGUUGGACUUCCAUCUCGACUUCUCCCAUGCCGACGACUCUGUUCAUCUCUAACCAUGCCUGUGACCCUCCCUUGAUGUGUACUGUGGUGUUGUACAGAUUGCUCCAAAGGAUUCUGGGGGGUAAAACCAUCGUCAACAAGCCCUUCUCUUUGCAUGUCAUCCAUAUUCCCUGUCAGAUUCCUCCCAAAGUGAGUACCAGCAGGUGUCACGUCCUCGACUCCCAAAACCUUCCGCAGCUCAGCAGCACCGGAGGCCACUUUCUCGGCUGCUGCUUUCGCCCUCGCCUCAAUUUCAGCAGCCAGUUGCUUGAAAUGCUGCUCACGGUCAACAAGUGACUGCUCCAGAUUCUGUUGCAGAGCUAUGAGAUGGUUCUGGAUGGGCCCCUGAGUGAGGAGAUCAGAGGCUUCUGUUGUGUGAGAAGCAGAGUCCAUUGCUAGAUUGCUGCCAAAACUUUACUCUGCUAGUCUGCUGCUCUAUUCAUAGGCUUCCCUGCUAUUUGAAUGGUUAAACAGUGGUCAACCAAAAAGACUCAUCAGUUUCACAUCAUGAACCCUACAAGAGACAUCUAUCUGGAAAAGAUACAAUACAACUGAAAGGAGGCAGAGCUCUACUGUUGAUAAACUUAACAAUGCAAUGCAGACUGCUCAUCAAACAAACCGGUAUGAAGUACCACCACAAAAUCGUAGCUCACUCUUAUGAUGAGCCAUGCAAAGAUGCAUUGAGCAUCUCACUACUUGAAUAAAUUGAUCCAGUAACGCAGUUCAUAGCAGGUUUCAUUCCCGGUUCCGAAGAACGCAAAGAUAUCUUAUACAUAUAGAAUGCAUGAAAAUUGACGAGCAUCCCAAGUUCUAGGCAUAAAGAACAUAUAAUCCCAGUUACCACAGCAUUUCCAACAAACUCGAAUGGCGUUGUAGGAAUCUAUCAAGCCCGUACCAUUCCCUUUUCCGUAGGAUUCAUUUCAAGAUACCGUGAUCCAAAUCAUCAGUUUUCACCAAAUCAAAAAUCGACACCCAGAAAGAAAGGCCUAAAUUUGAUCUUAGUGCUCAGCACACCAGAAUUCCGGAAGUCGAGCUCUGAUCGCUGAUAUCCGCCACAGUGGUCGAAACUGACUACCAUAUUUGAAGAAUUCCCAGAUUUCAGAGAACUCUGAAACUACACAGGAAAUGCUGCAGAACCCCCCAAUACCCAGAGAUGCUCGCUAGGGUUUUCAGUCUAAUUCCGAUGACAAUUGUAUUCGAAACGAGAGAGAGAAAUGGUAGGUUUCUGGGGAAAAACUUUGUGGGUUCGGGGAAGACGAACUUACGCUGGAGAAAGAAGCGAUCUUUGAUUCAGCCAUUGUUGAGCUCUGGAAGCAAAUUGACCAGAAGUAGGGAACAGCUAGGAAACGAACUGUGGGACGAGAAAAUGGAGUGUCCUUGUUUGACGCGGAAACAUUU